AUGAAAGAUAAUGUCUUAAAAAAUAAAAAUUAUUACCCAUAAAAUUAGAUUGCUUUUGAUAUAAAAUAAUAAUAAGAUAAAUAUAUAAUCAAUAUGAGUAAUUAAUUGUUAUCAAAUACUACAUUAUCUGUAGAUAGAUAUAACGAAAAAAUGCAAAAUUUUUUAAAAAGAAGUUAAGUUUCUAAAGAUUAAAUAUCUUAAUAUACAUCUUUACAUUCGUUUGAUUAAAAAGUUUCAAUAGACCUUAUUCCUUAAAUAAUAGAAGAAUUAAUAUAAUAUGAAUAAGAAUGCAUAAAAAACGACCAAUAUUUAGAGGCUGAGAAAUGUGUGAAAAAAAUCGAAGAACUAUAAUAGGAAGAAAUAAAGCUUUCUUAAAAAUUAAUCCGAAAUAAAAAUAAAAAUGAAAUAUUAGAACUAGAAGAGAUGAAUUUAAGACAAUAUAAAGAAUUUAAUGAAACAUGGGAUAAAGCAAUAUUUGAUUAUAAAAAUGAAUUACAUGAAUAAGAAAUUUAAUUAAAUUAAUUCCAUCAACAAUAAUAAGAAUAAUUCGAUAUCGACAUGAAAAAUUAAGCACCACCCAAAGUUAAAUAUUCCGUUGAAGUCCUUUAAUUGAGAAAUCUUUUAAAUUAACUGAUUUAAGCUUAAGCAUUACAAAAUAAACUUGAAAAUAUGCUUUAAUGUAAAAUAAGAAUGAGGAAAUAAGAAAUGAAUAAAUAUGCUUAAUGGCUUUAAAAUAUGAAACAAGAAUUAACUUAAAAAUAAGGAAUUGAAAUUAGUAAGGUUAUUGCCGAAGGGGAAGUUAGAAAAAGUAAGAUUUAAGGAGGCUAGUUAUUAGAAAAAGGAAGAGUAGGCUCUUUUGGUAAAACAAAUGAUGUAAAAAGAAGAAUUAAUAAAGGAAAAAGAGGAUAAAAUGAAACAAAUAUAGAAAGAAAAAGAAUAGGAAAUAUAAGAGAAUAAUAAAUUAAAAAUUUAAGUAAAAAAGAGUGA